UUUGUAGGUGUCCAGUGAGCAGCCAGUCCACUCCACGACGAUCGACAUGCAGCAUUUCUCCACCACCAGCCUAUCCUGAUUCCUGCAGCCCGAGCCCGUCCAAAACGCCAAGUCCGACAAUUACAUCCCGCAUAGAGUGACGCGGUAGCUAGUAGCAAUGGCGUCCAUUGAUUUUUACCACCACCUCCUCCUCUCGCUCGCUCUGCUGCUGCUGCUGCCCACGGCAUGCCAGGCCAGGGACACCGUCACGCCGGGCCGCCCGCUGGGCGCGAACGAGACGCUGGUCUCGGGUGGCGACGCCAGCUUCGUGCUCGGCUUCUUCACCCCGCCGGGCGGCAACGGCACCUACCUGGGCGUCUGGUACAGCAAGGUCUCCGUCCGCACGGUCGUCUGGGUCGCCAACCGCGAGCGCCCCAUCCCGGGCCAUGUCGCGGACAACCUCGGCCGGGCCACGCUCUCCGUGUCCGCCACCGGCACGCUCUCCAUUGUUAAUGCCGCGGGUAACAACAACUCGAGGCACGUCGUCGUGUGGUCGGUCACGCCGGCAUCCAGGCUUGCCAGCCCCACGGCCAAGAUCCUGGACAACGGCAACCUGGUGCUCGCGGACGGCAACGGCGUGGCGGCCUGGCAGGGGUUCGACCACCCGACGGACACGCUGCUCCCGGACAUGAAGCUGGGGAUCGACUACGUGACGGGGCGGAACAGGACGCUGACGGCAUGGAAGAGCCCGUCGGACCCGUCCCCUGGCCCCGUGGUCAUGGCCAUGGACACGUCCGGCGACCCGCAGGUGUUCAUCUGGAACGGCGGCGAGAAGGUCUGGCGGUCGGGCCCCUGGGACGGCGUCCAGUUCACGGGCGUGCCGGACACCGUCACCUACUCCGGCUUCACCUUCAGCUUCGUCAACGACGCGCGGGAAGUCACCUACAGCUUCCACGUGCACAGGGAGUCCAUCAUAUCGAGGCUGGGCCUGAACAGCACGGGCAACUACGGGCUGCUGCAGCGGUCGACGUGGGUGGAGUCGGCGGGGACGUGGAACCUGUACUGGUACGCACCCAAGGACCAGUGCGACGCCGUGUCGCCCUGCGGCCCCAACGGCGUGUGCGACACCAAUAACUUGCCCGUCUGCAGCUGCCUCCGCGGGUUCAGUCCCAGGUCGCCGGCCGCGUGGGCACUGCGGGACGGGCGGGACGGGUGCGUGCGCACGACGCCGCUCGACUGCCGGAACGGCAGCACGGGCGCGGGCGACGACGGGUUCGUCGCGGUGAGGCACGCCAAGGUGCCCGACACGGCGCGGAGCGUGGUGGACAGGGGGCUUAGCCUGGAGCAGUGCAGGGAGGCGUGCCUCGGGAACUGCUCUUGCACGGCGUACGCCAGCGCCAACGUCGUCGGUGGCGACCGCCGUGGCACGGGAUCGGGAUGCGUCAUGUGGAACUCUGGGCUCACUGACUUGCGCGUGUACCCGGACUUUGGCCAGGACCUCUUCGUCCGCCUCGCUGCCGCCGAUCUCGGUUUAUCAAGCAAAUCUAGGAAGGGGAGUACAAUAAUAAUCAUCGCAGUUGCCGCCAGCAUCUCAGCACUGGCAUUUCUUUUAGCACUUGCUGGUUUUCUCGUCUGUGCAAGAAAGAAGAAGAGAUCAAGAAAAACAGGAUCAAGUAAGUGGAGCGGUAGUUCACGCAGCAACGCCCGCCGCUAUGAAGGAAGCAGUCACGGUGAAGAUCUGGAACUGCCAAUAUUUGAUCUCGGGACAAUUGCAGCUGCCACUGAUGGCUUCUCGAUCAAUAAUAAGCUUGGCGAGGGUGGCUUUGGACCAGUAUAUAAGGGUAAGCUCGAGGAUGGACAAGAAAUAGCUGUUAAAACACUUUCAAAAACAUCCGUACAGGGUCUCGAUGAGUUCAAGAAUGAGGUUAUGCUGAUAGCUAAACUCCAGCAUAGGAACCUCGUUCGGCUUCUUGGCUACAGCAUCAGUGGACAAGAAAGGAUACUUGUGUAUGAAUACAUGGAAAACAAGAGCCUGGACUACUUUCUAUUCGAAAAAUCCAACAGUAUCCUACUUGAUUGGCAACUGCGAUACCGUAUCGUAGAAGGCAUUGCUCGAGGAUUACUGUAUCUCCACCAGGACUCAAGAUACAGAAUCAUCCAUAGAGAUAUGAAGGCUAGUAAUGUUCUUCUAGACAAAGAGAUGACUCCCAAAAUUUCUGACUUCGGCUUGGCAAGGAUGUUUGGCAGUGAAGAGACAGAGAUCAACACACGAAAAGUGGUCGGCACAUAUGGCUAUAUGUCUCCCGAGUAUGCAAUGGAUGGAGUCUUCUCAGUCAAAUCAGAUGUAUUUAGUUUUGGAGUAUUAUUGCUGGAAAUAAUUAGUGGUAGGAAAAACAGAGGGGUGUAUUCCUACUCAAAUCAUCUAAAUCUUCUAGGACAUGCAUGGAGCUUAUGGAAUGAAUGCAAAGGCAUAGAGUUAGCAGAUGAAACCAUGAACGGUUCUUUCAACUCAGAUGAGGUACUCAAAUGCAUCAGAGUGGGACUCCUGUGUGUGCAAGAGAACCCAGAUGACCGUCCAUUGAUGUCUCAGGUGCUUCUGAUGUUGUCUGCCACAGAUCCUGACACACUGCCAACUCCUAGGCAGCCUGGCUUUGCAGCUAGAAGAAUUCUAACGGAAACAGACACAACAUCAAGCAAGCCAGACUGCAGCAUAUUUGACAGCUCCACAGUUACUAUACUUGAAGGUCGAUAAGACGCUGAGUUAUUUAUUGAACAUACUAGGGGAACAUGUUAAAAAAACUCGACCUACAUGGACUAGCCCCUGUGGCUUUUUUUUAUAAAGGAAUGAUAAAUGUGAGCUCCCUGCAGAGUCGAGGACUUGAACAGAGCUAAGGCUGUGCACUCAGGCACCUGGCCAACUAAGCAUGAGAAUAUGUGUUAUAUAAUGAAAUUACUAUAUUAGUGCUAUCUUUUAUGAUCUCGUGCAUUUGAGCAAAAGUCAUUACAUUAUAACUGAAUAAAUUACUAUAAUACUACUUUCUUUAUCA